AAAUAUUGAUACAAACACCAUUUCAAUUCCUGGAUUCAAUUUUUACCGACUUGAUAGAUAAUCUAGAGGUGGUGGUGUUGGUCUUUAUUUAAACAAUUAUAUUACUGGUUUACAAUUAGUUGAAUUUAAUUCCUCUGACUUAAACUGUGAGUAAAUGUGGAUUAAAUUUACGAUAAACGGUUUUCGCGUUUGCAUUGGAGUUAUAUAUCGACCACCUAAAGGCAUCGUUUACAAAUAAAGAAGAAACUGACAACUGACAAAAAAAUACGUUAUUUCAAAUUUGAAUUAUUAUGUUCUGUGCUUCUGUGCAGUUCUAAUAACCGUUGGCCGUUUGUUGUUUAUGAGUGAAUAGCAAAAUAAAUAUCCUAAUUACUUUUUAUCUUCAUUUGUCUCAUUGUAUAGUGAAAUAUUCUAAAUCGUUCUUACAUAUUUAUAUUUCUACUGAAAUGUCCCAAUUCAAGUUUUGGAAUGAUGUCAAUAAUUUAUUAAAUAUGGAAGGACCAGUCAAUGGGCCAGUACCCCGAUGGCAGAAGAAAAAAGAAUCAUCUGGGUCUUUGAACAGCAGUUCGAAUAAUUCUUCGAGAAUAAAAUCUUCAUCGUCUCUUAAUUCUACGAAGACACCUGUCAAGGGUGCCAAAGGCGAAUUCCAAAAGUGUAAAACACCAUCAAAGACUCCGACUCCUAACAAGGGAUCUAAGACUCCUAGCGGGGAUCGUUUUAUACCCUCUAGAAGUGCUAGUAAUUUGGAUUUGGCACAUUUGAAGCUUACACAAGAUGAAAGUAGUAAAAGUGAAAGUCCCACUCAUAAAGAACUUCAGAAAGCUAUGUCUGAGAACCUUUAUGGAGCCGAUAUAAGUAAUCAAAAAAUUCUUACUUAUAAAAAUAAGGCUCCAAGCGCGCCUGAAGGCUUUCAGAAUCCUAUGAAGGUAAUUUAUACACAAGUUAAGACUCCUGCAUCUGUAAAGAAUUGUAGUAGAUAUAUUCCUCAAGCCCCAGACAGAAUUUUGGAUGCUCCUGAUAUUGUAGAUGAUUUUUAUCUGAAUUUAAUUGAUUGGGGUUCUCACAAUAUCUUGGCUGCUGCAUUAGGAUCUCAUGUAUAUUUAUGGAAUGCUGCUACUGGAAAUAUUGAGCAGCUCUUAGAAUUGGAAGGGAAUGAUUAUGUUUGUUCCCUAUCAUGGAUUCAAGAUGGGUAUUGUCUAGCUGUAGGAACUACCGAGGGAACUGUAGAGUUAUGGGAUUGCUCAAGGUCAAAAAAAUUAAGAAUCAUGGAAGGUCACUCUGCCAGGGUAGGAUCUCUCGCAUGGAAUUCUUAUGUUUUGACAAGCGGAUGUCGUAGUGGCCAAAUACUUCACCAUGAUGUUAGACAAAGAGAACACAUCGUUUCAACAAUUUCUGGUCACACUCAAGAAGUUUGUGGCCUAAAAUGGUCUCCUGAUGGAAAAUAUUUAGCCAGUGGUGGAAAUGACAAUGUAUUGAACAUUUGGCAAUCUGUUAGCGGAUCACAUAAUUCUCAUUCCACACCUCUUCAUGUAUUCACAGCGCAUCAGGCUGCUGUAAAAGCUUUAGCUUGGUGCCCAUGGCAGCCACAUAUUUUAGCUAGUGGGGGAGGAACUGCAGAUAGACACAUUCGGAUGUGGAACUGUAAUACAGGAAGCUGUGUUAAUUCUAUUGAUACCAAAUCACAGGUAUGCGCUCUAUUAUGGUCAUCUAACUAUAAAGAACUGAUUUCUGGCCAUGGAUUUGCCCACAAUGAAAUAAUUAUUUGGAAAUAUCCUGGAAUGACAAAGGUAGCAGAACUGACUGGUCAUACUUCACGAGUAUUACACCUUGCCAUGUCUGCAGAUGGCAGUACGGUUUUAUCAGCAGGUGCAGAUGAAACAUUGAGAUUAUGGAAAUGUUUUCCAAAGACUGCUGCUAAAGCCAAGGACGCUGAAAAAGUUAAAGCUAAACCAAGUGCACUGAAGCAGAGCAUUAGAUGAAUUAAUUUUAGUGACAUGAUGAUAUUUUCAGAAUUAUAAUAAUUUUAAGUUCUUUUAUAUAAUAAAAAUGUUAUAUAAUAAA